CUACAAACAUUGUGGUUACUAGUCAGUGCGUGUGCUGCUUCCACCGGUGUGGUAGCCGACUUGCCACCACCCUGGAUGUCCUACGUUUCACUGUCUCCGGACUAAAACCGCUCCAAGGUAGUCUACACAUUACAAUUGCAUGGUAACUGGAUGUACUGUGUCAGAAAUACCUAGCGGUUGUAUUGGACAGAAAAGGAAAGCGCACCUUUGCCUCAGUGGUGAAGAAAGCAAAGGUAUUUCAGGCCAGACUGCCUUCUGAACCGGUUGAUCAAGACUGAGAAAUCACAUAUAUGGACAUAAACUAAGGUUUGCUUAUAGAAUGCUAAUGUAAGCCUUUUUAUUAGUCUUCGCGGAGGGGACGCUCUUGCUGCAAGGCUAUAACUCAUAGCUGGACAGGUAUCGGGAUUAUACAUCACUGGUAUUUCCUACAGAAUUCGUACCAUGCGACAUUGAAGCUAUUUCCUUGACGCGUGGAAAAACCAGUCGCAUCUUGGGACUUCAUGCUUUCGGACACGUAGAUACAACUGAAAGCUGCGCAUAGUCACCUGUUAUAAAAUGGGCAACAGUUUCUCUAACGUGUCAGCCUUCCAGUCUCUUCAUAUUGUGAUGCUGGGUUUGGACUCCGCUGGCAAAACGACUGUGUUGUAUCGUCUUAAAUUUAACGAGUUUGUUAACACCGUGCCUACAAUUGGAUUUAACACGGAGAAGAUCAAAUUGAGCAAUGGCACAGCUAAAGGCAUCAGUUGUCAUUUUUGGGAUGUCGGUGGGCAAGAGAAGCUGCGGCCCUUGUGGAAAUCCUACAGUCGCUGCACGGACGGCAUCAUAUAUGUUGUCGACUCGGUUGAUGUGGAUCGACUUGAGGAGGCAAAGACUGAGCUUCACAAAGUCACCAAAUUUGCGGAAAAUCAAGGUACGCCACUGCUGGUGAUUGCCAACAAACAGGACCUGCCCAAAUCUCUUCCCGUGGCUGACAUUGAGAAACAACUGGCGCUCCAUGAGCUCACGCCAUCAACAACAUAUCACGUUCAGCCCGCCUGUGCAAUUAUCGGAGAGGGACUUCACGAGGGCAUGGAUAAACUUUAUGAAAUGAUUUUAAAGCGACGGAAAUCGCUUAAGCAAAAAAAGAAGCGGUAGGCCUGGUAUGGUCCAUGCAACCGUUUUCGCACAGUUAUAUGUGACACUAUCAUGUGUUCUUUGGUAUAUUUUACCAAUUCUUUGUUGCACCGUUUACAUUAUUAAUUUGAAGUGUUUCCAAAUUGUUCUCAUUUGGAUUAUGUUUGAAAUUGAAGCUGAAAAACAUAUACCUGAUGUGUUUUUAACACAACACUUCCACCAUGGCGCAGGUGGUUCGCUGUGAUGAACCAAAAACUUGAAUGAAUACGAAUGAGAACAAAACAAACGCCUAGAACGGGCUGGCCCGUUAUUUGCUGCUUUCAAUUCAUUUUCAAACGGAUGGUGUAUGGAUGGAGUAGAGCACUGUGAAGAUUUUGGACACGCUGCAGUUGAUCAUGCGGAAUGCCCGUGUUCUUUCAUACAACCAUUUUCUUCAGGGCAUGUAAGGUGGAUGAGGUCCAUGCGUUGAAGUCAGCUCAUGCUUCCUGCCAGUUUUCAUCAAGUGACAACCGCAUUAAACAUUGAUACUCGCGGAAUUAUUGAAGUGUGGACACCACACCAGCUCGAUCAUGACAUAAUACUGUAGAAUUGAAAUCUUGCCUCGGUCUCAAAUGGACUCGGUGCAGGUUCUCACUUUGUUCCUGGAGACAUUGAAGUAGUCUACAUCAUGCGGCGUGGACUGUCCCUAGAUUUGCCUGCAACAUGGUCCACUACUGAGCACUUUUAAUUUCUUACCAAAAUAGUACGGUAAAACACUGUAUAGCAAAACCGAUGCUGUUCCUGUAAUGAAAGCAUUCAUGAUUACUGAAGUAUUUUUAUUAUUAAAAUGUUUGAACCAGUUA